AUGUCGGACGCUUUGAUCGAGGCCUCGAACAAUGUUCUGAUAUCCACGGCAAAUAUUUUGGAUCGCAUGAUGCUUUUAUCAUCUUCGAGUCUGGUUCUGCCCAACAACUCGCUUGUGGCGCCGCUCUCAAACAUUCUUGAUCAGGACAUUAAGGUUUACAAUAAAGUUCUGGAUGAGCUUUCUGUUGAGUUUAUGGAUGCUGAGCACGCUCUUCAGUAUUUGAAACAAAAAUUGGCAAAGGAAGAGGAGACAAAGAGAACACAGGAACAACAACAGCAACAACAGUUACAGCUACAACAACAACAAGCGCAACAGCAACAACAAAAGGAUCAGCAAAAGCAGGUUCCUAAAGAAGCUUCACAACCUAAGCAGGAAUUUGGGGAUUCAGAUAUGAAUCUGGACAUUGCGAACCUCGAUUUUGGUCAUUUGAUUGACAAGGACGAGAGUUUGGAAGGUCAAAAGAAUCCCGGGGAAUCAUCAGAUCCGAAUGAUAUGCUGAGCAUGGUUUACAAGGACGACAAUCAGGAUUUCUUGGCCGAUUACGCUAUUGGAGACGCUGGGGCCAACGAUGGAAUGGACUAUCUGACUGGUCUGGAUGCUGACCAGAAUCUCGCGCUUCAGGACUUCAAUCUGGGAGACUUGUUGACCGAGGAGGGACACGAAGCUGAGCAGGAUCUCGGUCUCGUGCCUGACGGUGAGAUGAACCAUCUGUUUGAUGAGUUUGACAUCUUAUUGGGGAAUGAUGGCGCGUAA